UGAGGACGAUAAUAUUCUCUUCAACAACAGAGUAUAUUCUGCCUUAAAAGCUCAGAGAUUUCUUCAUUGUCUUCUUACUUUCUUUCUGCACCGGUCAUUUAUUUAAAAUCGUCCAUCGAAGCGCUGUUCAUCGCAAGAGUAGAGACCGCACGAGAUUCAACCACAUUCUCAACUCCACCAUGCCAGAAAUCAUCCUCUCCAUCAACGCCGGCUCCUCUUCAGUGAAGAUUUCAGUCUACAAAGCCAAUGAAUCUAGCAACCCGGUGCAGCUCGCCGAGGCCGUUAUCGAAGGCCUAACCGCCCCACCUGCAACCCUCAAGUAUGAGCGCGGUGACGAAAAAAUCAAGGGUAGAGAGCUAGAGAACAUGAAUUCUCAAGAAGAUGCAUUCAGGUUCAUUUUGGAUCACUUGACGCAAGACAAGGGAUUGCCGGAGUUGAGCAAGAAGGAAGAUAUCCAUUUCACGUGCCAUCGAGUAGUGCAUGGUGGGGAUUAUCCAAGAAGUCAGGUUAUUGAUGAGGAUACGUAUCAUCAUAUUGAAGCUUUGAGUGAUUUGGCGCCGUUACACAAUGGCCCGGCCCUCACAAUCGUGAAAGCUGUCUCCACUCUCCUCCCACACGCCACAAAUAUCGCCUACUUUGACUCCUCCUUCCACGCUACUAUGCCUUCCCACAUACGCACUUACCCGAUUGACCCAGCCGUCGCCCAAAAGAAUAAAUUGAGGAAAUACGGUUUCCAUGGGAUAAGCUAUUCAUUCAUUGUGCAUGCUGUUUCCGGCCAUCUCAAGAAGCCACUAAACCAACUCAACAUAAUCGCCCUGCACCUCGGGUCUGGCGCCUCCGCCUGCUGCAUUCUGAACGGGCAGUCGCACGACACCACUAUGGGUCUAACCCCCCUCGCCGGCCUCCCAGGCGCCACGCGCUCCGGCUCCAUCGAUCCAUCGCUAAUGUUUCAUUUCACUCAUUCCGCCGGCCAGCCCUCUCGCUCCUCCUCCGCACACUUGCAUAUCACGCAAGCGGAAGAAAUUCUAAACAAGCAAUCCGGCUGGAAAAGCCUCACCGGGACCACGAAUUUCGGGGACAUUAGCGAGAAGGCGGAGUGCGGAGAUGAGGUUUGUAAACUUGCUUUCGACAUCUUCGUUGAUCGGAUUGUUAAUUACGUGGCGCCAUAUUUCGUGAAGUUGAAUGGGGAGGUCGAUGCAUUGGUUUUUGCGGGUGGGAUUGGAGAGAGGGGGGCGGUGUUGAGGAGGGAAGUUGUGGAUGGGGUGAAGUGUUUGGGGUUUGAGUUGGAUCGGGAGAAGAAUGAGAAGCCCGGGGAGGGGGUUGUGGUGGAUGUGAGUGGGAAGGGCUCAAGGUAUAAGACGUUGGUUGUGAAGACGGAUGAACAGUUGGAGAUGGCUAGGGGAGUUUUGGAGGAAAGGGAGAGGUUCAGUGAGAAUGAGUGAGGGGAGAAGAGGAGAAGGGGUGAGUUGGAAAGUGCGAGGUGGUUUGGAGGAUGGCUCAUUUACGGAAUGAUAGAAGUUUUUUGGUGAUGGGUUGUGUAAUUAAUUAAAUAAUGAUAAUGACUUUUGCUAGGAAAUUUUGGGACUAGAAAGAA